AUGCGUUCUGAUAACUCACCUUACUACUCCCCGGCUGCCUCGCCUAUCAUGUCUCCACGACGCUCAAACUCUCCCCAACCUCGUUCACGGACCCAGAAUCCAUCCAAGGCCAAGCAAACUCAGAAUUUCCAUCUCGGUAGCCUGCCCCGGUUCCAUCCCGCUGUAUAUCAGUCGAGCAGCACUUCCCACAACACCACUUCCCAGCCUUCAUCUCCUCGCCAAUCCCGGCAGCCUGUCUACCGCACUACAGCAGGGUCACGCGAUAUGAUGUGGCAGUACCGUGAAUUCAUCGAGGGCGUCCACCAAGGUCCUUCGGCGCCCCGUUUGGACCCUCUGGUCAGCCCAGGACCCGUCACGCCCCUGGCGCUAGAGGCAGGUGAUUACCUCGCCCAUGGCUCGAUGAAUAACACAUCCGAGAGGACUCCACGAGAUGUCCUAAAGAACCCCGGGAAGUCCGGCACUCCGGCUGAGCUGGUGGAGAAGCUCAUUGCUUAUGAGGAGAAGGCUCGGCAGAUGACUCGAAAGCCCGCCAAGGGCCGGUAA